UCUGCGUCUGCUUGGUACGGUGAAGGGCCAGUUACGGCAUAGUACACCGGGGAGUGCGCCUAGUCGAAAUGAAGGGCAGACUUAAAGCCCUCAACUGUCUCUGCGUGGACCACUCUACUGUCCAGCUGACUGCAGGCAGGGUAGGGGCAGUCACAGCUGUCGUCGUCCCAUCAGCUGUUCUGUACGCAUCCUACACGCAGCAAGUGCCUACCACUGGAAAAAUGGUGAAAAUAUCAGAGUUACCAAUAUACCAAGUGCCCAAGCCAGCAUCGGUUCAACUGGUACCAGAGGAGAUUGGCAUGUUGCGCAGUGGUAUUUCCUCUGUAAGAACAGCUGUAUGGGGCUGGCUGGAUUCACAGAAGGAAACCACAGACAAGAUUAAGGAGAAAAUGGAUAUUGGAAAGGCACACACUGAAUACACAAUAUCCAAAUUGAAGGGAGAUGACGGUGUGAACGUCCCGAAGAUAUCGGUCGUAGCAGCCUCAGGUCUGGCAGGAAUCCUUCUGGGAUACAGAAGCAGUGUAGUGAAGAAACUAGGUAUCAGUACGUUUGCAAUUCUUACUGCAGCUGCAUUGUGCUAUCCCAACGAGACAGUGGAUUUAACGAAAGAGAUUUUCAAUGAAGUCAAGACUUCCAUCACAGGUGCCACGGGGUCCAGUGAAAAGAAGGAUGACUCGUAGCAGAAAGAGCAUAUUGGGAUCGACCAUUUAAGUAGACCGGGACAAUGUGUUUAUUUUUUAUCAUUCUAUGACAGAUCACAAUGCUUCAAUAUCUUUCGAAGGGUUGUGGAUUAGGAUCAGACCAGACAAACUGAAACAUGUCUUAGCAACAACGUGCCUGUGUAACUUUUUUUUUUCAUUCACCAGACAAAAAUAGACACAAUUCAACUCAAAAGGGAGAUAAUAGCCUUUCUAUGAGCCUCUGGUUUGCAUAUAUCAUAAUUUUUUGGCUAUCUAUUGCUGUAACUUGAUUCAACCUACACAAUGUAAAAAAUUUAAAAGGUAACAUUUUAACAUGUUAGUGCUUCAGUUGUAUGCGAUUGUCAGAUAGUGUAAUGUGCUAUAUGAAUGUUGAUGUUAGAUUUGUGAUAAAUAUUGUCAGACCAUUUACAAAGCUAUGGACUUUCGAAAAUGAAUGAAAAAAGUGCAAAUCAUGAUUUUGUCCAUUUUUAUUCUAAAAUAAUGUCCAACAUACAUAAAACUUUGUAAAAUAAAAUUGUAAUUUUU